UAUUCUUCAGAACAGAAUCAAUAAACUGUUUUAAUUCUGUUUGUUGAGUUUAAUCUGUUCGUUUUCUCGUUCUCUAUUCUUGGUUUUCGUUAUUGGCUUUCUGAUCAAGUAAAAAUAAUAAUUAAUAAUAACAACAAACUUCAAGAAGGCUAAAGACUUGAAUUUGGUCUAGAGGAAAUUUUUUGUUAUGGCCAUGUUUAGAUGGGUUUAUUGCCAAUGGGGUUGUAAAGUUGAAAUAGUUAGUGGGAUACACCUCUCUUAUGUUAUAAUAUAGAACAUUCAUGUUGCUUUUUUUCUUUUGCCAGCGUCUGGAGGAAUUAUAAGUUCUUUGCGCGUCUUUCGUUGUAUUGUUUGUUUCAACUAAAAAGAGGAAAUACUCUCCUCAUUUUCCUUUACCAUUCCUCUCUUUUUCAUUCGCUGGAAUCGCUCCCAGAAGCAACUCAAUUUACUUAAUUGUUAUUGUCCUUUUUCUAGUAUUAUUUAACUUUUAACAACUUGUUUCGGUCAUCACUUAUAUGAUGUUAGCGGGCAGGCAGGCUGGUAUAUGAAUGCCCUUGCUUCGGUGAACCGCAAGAUAGUUAUUGAUACCUAUGUUUACAAAUUGAAACACCUUGAUUGCAUUUCUUUAUCUAUUUUACUGCCAUUGACUCUAAGUUUACAUACAAAGAGGUGAAAGGAAAGAAUACAGAACAAAGUUUAGACAACAGAAAGAGCCUAUUGUGAGACCUAUUGGCAGUGGUGUAUGCUACAGUGCUAAUUUCUGAAGGCAUGACUAUGGAGAUCAAAUCUUACCAGAACCAGGCUGAAUUACUGCUAAAGGAAUACUUACUUGGAGAUUCAUUUAUGCCAUACACUUCAAUUGUUGGGGCUAUUUUUGCUUGCAAGAUGGUUUAUGAUCUUACCCAGUUGAUUUGUACUGUUCACUUCAAAAGUUUUUCCAGCUUCUCGAAAAUUCAACGCGUUGAGUGGAGUAACCGGGCUGUUUCAACCAUCCAUGCCAUUUUUAUUACAGUUAUGUCUUUGUACUUUGUGUUUUGGUCAGAGCUCUUUUCUGACAACCAGUAUGGCCUUAUUACGUUUCGAAGUUCGUCACUAUCUACAUUUAUAUUGGGGGUUUCAGUUGGUUACUUCCUUGCGGACCUUGGGAUGAUUAUCUGGUUUUAUCCCUCUCUUGGUGGAAUGGAGUAUGUGAUUCAUCAUCUUCUUUCAAUAGGAGCAGUAGCAUACUCUAUGUUGACUGGGGAGGGGCAACUUUAUACGUAUAUGGUACUUAUCUCUGAGACAACAACCCCAGGAAUCAAUUUGAGAUGGUAUCUGGACACAGCUGGAAUGAAGAGAUCCAGAGCCUAUCUCAUCAAUGGAGUUGUAAUAUUCAUUGCUUGGCUGGUUGCCAGAAUACUUCUGUUCAUGUACAUUUUUUACCACGUCUACUUGCACUAUGAUCAGGUUAAGGAAUUGGACACCUGUGGACAAUUAUUAGUAUGCAUUGUACCAAUAGUUCUAACAAUCAUGAACCUGGUGUGGUUUAUGAAAAUUAUCAAGGGAUUAACGAAGACAUUAGCAAAGAGACAGUGAAGGAUUCAUGGAUUGGUGACAUUGGUUAAGAAAAUAUAGAAAGAGAGGCAGAAGGAUAUUUCAAAUUCUCGACAUCGAUGAGUGUGAUCCUCUAUUCCGCCAUUCCUGUACAUUCUUCCUCUUUAUGUAAAAGGUUCAGAGGUUAAAGAUAGAACAGUAAAGUUAUCAUGAAAUUUACUUUGAUGUGAAUAUGUUCAGAUAUCAUUUUGGUGUAAAGUUUGAACAUAAACAAGUGGAAGUAAAUGGUGGUAUUUAUAUGUUUGGAAAUUGAGAAGAAAUUUCCUUAUGCUA